AUGGUCAACUUCUCUCAACAGCCCAGCGGUCAGGCUUUUAUAUCUCAAUAUGGUGCGGUCUAUGUCAAGGCUCUUGGCACUAUCAAUCCACCCGGAUCCAGCUUGAUCACUGCCGCUAUCAACACAAUCACAAUCAUUUGCAUUCUUCUUUGGGCUAAUAUUGUUGGGCGGCGAUGGAGCGAACGGAUCUUAGAGUUCUUUGGAUUGCAUCCUUGUAGCGUGUUUACUGCCAUGAUCACAAUGGGAGGACUUAGCAUUUAG